AUGAUGAAAAAUUGUCAACUGGGACGUGUACUGAAUCACGGUUCUGAAGGAAUAGUUCAUUCUGGAACAUGGCAAGGAAGACUCGCUGCAAUUAAAGUAUUAAAGAAUCAAUAUGCUCGACGUGCUGAAUUCGAAAUGAAAUUAGUUCAAAAUUUAGACCAUAGAAAUAUUAUUAAAUAUUAUGAACUUGAAUAUGAACAAGGAAUUGCUUAUUUAUCAAUGGAAAUGGUUACAGGUGGUGAUUUAUAUGCAUUCAUUCAAGCAAAGUAUACUUCGGAUUCGUAUUGGACAAUCGUUGAUCAAAUUUUACAAGAUGUCGCUCGUGGAAUGGUAUAUCUUCAUAAUCAUCGAAUUAUUCAAUGUGAUUUAAAAAGUCAUAAUAUUCUGUUACGAGAAGACACCCAUCAGGCAGUUAUUUGUGACUUUGGCAUUGCCAAAUGUAUAGAUAAUGACGAUCAACAGCAAAGACGUACGAAUACAACAAAAGGAACGAUUCGGUGGAUGGCACCUGAGCUCUGUACUCCACCACCAGAACCUGCAUCGUACUUGUCAGAUGUUUGGAGUUAUGGUUGUAUUAUUUUAGAAGUGAUGAGCGCUCGUGAACCUUGGAGCGAACAGUUUGUUGAUGAUAGUCUGCUGUUUCGAGCACUUCAACGUAAAGAAAAUGCUUGUUUGUUUUCACAAACCUGUACGAAUCAGUCCGGACCAUCACAUUUGCGUCAAUUACUCAUACAAUGCUGUUCAUGGUCAAAAACUGACCGCCCACAAUUCUCUAGAAUCCUUCAACAAUUCGACGCCGACGAGCACACCGAUGAUAUGUCGGUCGAUAGUCCCGUUUUCAAUGAAUCGCCAUCAACUCCUGAAGAAACUGAGCAUGUACCAAAUGUUAUCCGUCAAUCAAAAAUCAAACACGUCAGUCAUGGAGGACGGUUGACUGGUGAAGUCUAUACUAGUGCAGGGACAGCCAAUGGUCGACCCAUCUACCAAGGUGUUAAGGGUGGUUUAUAUUAUUUAACACCUAGUGGUUCGAAAAUUUAUUUGCAUAAAUAA